AUUCAUUCGUGUGUAUGAUCGGAGAAGGACAAUUCAUUGUCAAGAGGACUGAAGACGUUUAGACUUCAAGAAUAUUUUCUAACUGUUGGCCUGUUGUUUACAAUUGUCAUAGAAUGUUGCACGUAUUAGCGAGACAAGUGUCAUUACAGAGAAUAACAAUCAUUCCUUUACGGACAUUUAGUGCACAGAUUUCGGGCGAGAGCACUAGUCAAUCUACUGUGAGUACCAAUGUACCAGGUCUCAGCAAAAAUGUUGUCGAUAUACCAAACGCACCUGUAGGACCUAAUGCCUCCAAAGAUAAGGAAUACAAGAAUCCCGAAUAUUUCUGCUACCAUGUGGAUUCAUUCGGGGAAGCUGAAGCAGAAUUAGCAAAGUAUAGAUUGCCAGCACCAUCUAAUAAGAAACCGUUCCAUCAAUAGAUAAAUCCAAAGGAAAGAUGUGAGAUGUAGUGAAGCAAAAAAUAUAGUAUAUAAAAUGAUGAAUUUAA